AUGCAUAAAAAUCACAUAUUAUCAGUGAUAAUAGUGUUAAUUUAUGCUUUCUCGGAAGUAGGGCAAUGCACGCAUUUAAAAGGCACAUUCAAAUCCAACGAGUUCUUCAAGUUUCUCAUUAAAUAUGGUUUCCAAAAGACUGAUCCACACCAGCCAGAGGCGAGCCAUGGAUAUAUUUUUGGGAAUAUCACAUCUAAAAGUCAAUUACCUUUUCCCAUAACUUUUGCAGUGCUUGAUAGGAUGUAUUUCUUAGAUUACUAUAAAAACAGAGUGAUAAACAACAGAGAUAAGGCCUGUAAACGUAUGUUCACUAAAUUGAAAACUAGAGCCUAUGAUGAAAAAUGUAGUGUUGAUGGAAAAGAUUAUUUGAGAAGGAUACCAUGUCCUAAAGGCAAACUAUGUUCUGAUGAAGAUAACCAGUGGAAUGUUGUCAAGGGCCAUCAAUUUACAUAUGUUAUUGAAGAUUUUAAACAACCCUCUUUUUGGUAUCUAUCGAUGGUGGCAUGCUACCUCAAUACAUCAACUUGUGAAUAUCAAGAAUACAAGACAUACACCCCAUACGAAAUCGAUUAUGACAUAUGGUUGGUCAACGGAAAUCCCAACAACUCUGCCUUCAACACUCUAACCUACCAGUUUUCAUUCGAUAGACAAAAUACCUUGGAACUAUACCUCGUAUUUUGGUUAUGCUAUAUGGUUCUUGUUCCCUUGCAAUGCCAUGCUGUCAAGACGCAAAAACACCCUGUGACCAAACUGUUCACUGCCAGUCUUUUGCUGGACUUCAUGGCACUCUGUCUGAUUCUGGUGCACAAUUUGAGGUAUGCUCUGAAUGGCGAAGGAUAUCCCAAAAUUGCCAUGGCAGGAGAUAUUUUCGAUAUAUUGUCCAGGACGUCUUUUAUGCUCCUGUUACUUCUUCUAGCCAAGGGUUGGGCAGUCACGCGCCUUGAGUUGACAUGGAAACCAUUAGUAUUUGCAAUUUGGCUAUGCUAUGGGAUUGUACAUAUACUGCUUUAUGUUUGGAACUUGACUGAAGUCGAUAUAAUUGAAGACAUAGAUGAAUACCAAACGUGGCCAGGUUGGUUGAUAAUUGUUUUCAGAACGCUGAUUAUGAUAUGGUUUCUGUACGAGUUACGUACAACGAUGUUGUAUGAACAUAACACGCAGAAACUCAAUUUCUUACUUCAUUUCGCAGCAUCGAGCCUGGUUUGGUUCAUAUAUUUGCCAAUUUUGGCAUUGAUAGCCCUACAUGUAUCUGCUCUAUGGAGAUUCAAAUUUUUACUAGGUAUAACAUAUUCGGCAGACUGCUUUGCCUAUUGUGUCAUGGCGCACCUAUUGUGGCCGACCAGGUCUGAGCAGUACUUUCUUCUGAAAGGUCCCUCUUCUGCCGAUCUCGAGGAACUCGAUGAAUUCAACGAGGCUCCGCACAUCGUCAACAACUCCUACACUUCUAUGAGCAGUAUAAAUUCUUUUGAAAUAUGUAAAUACGAUGAUCCGCAAAAAACGAAAUUAAUCUUAGACUGA